GUGUGUGUGUGUGUGAGUGUGUGUGUGUGAGUGUGUGUGUGUGCGUGUGUGUGUGUGUGUGUGUGAGUGUGUGUGUGUGUGUGAGUGUGUGUGUGUGUGUGUGUGCGUGUGUGUGUGUGUGUGUGAGUGUGUGUGUGUGUGAGUGUGUGUGUGAGUGUGUGCGUGUGUGUGUGAGUGUGUGUGUGUGAGUGUGUGUGUGUGUGUGAGUGUGUGUGUGUGUGUGUGUGUGUGUGUGUGUGUGUGUGUGUGUGUGUGUGUGUGAGUGAGUGAGUGUGUGUGUGAGUGUGUGUGUGUGUGUGUGUGUGUGUGCGUGAGUGUGUGUGUGUGUGUGUGUGUGUGUGUGUGUGUGUGUGUGUGUGUGUGUGUGUGUGAUACAGAGAUUAAGCAUCCUUUGUAAGUGAAGGAGUGUGUUCUGAGUACUGAUGUCUUCGCCGCUGAGGAGAAACACCAGACCAGAAGAUGGAAGCGUUAUGGAUGAUUAUCAUCUGCUCUCUGGCUGAUCUAACUGAAAGCUCCAAACACAUGGAUGGAACAGUGCCAUGUGCCACACCUCAGGUCCCAGAAGAAGUGAAAGCAGUUGAAGGGGAAGCAUUGUACUGGCCAUGUCCAAACUCAGACUGCAGCGAGGAAGCAGAACACUCUCUGAUACAAUGGUUCAAAAACAGCAGUGGCACCAUCCAGCCAAUCACAGCAGAUGAGCGGGCCCGAGUCCAUCAUCACGGCCCUGUUUUAUACAUCCUGCCUUUGACUCUGAAUGACUCGGGCCUUUACAUCACACGCUGGUGGGAAAAGAAUAAGACUGGCUGUGAUGAGUUCAAAACUGAGCUUGUGGUUGGUGAGAAGUUUCACACUGAGUUGAAAGAGAACUCAGAAACUGUGCCGAUUACAUGCCCAGCCUAUGACAACCAGACCAAGAGUCUGACAUGGUACAAGGAUUCACAUCUGAUUCCUAAUGAGUCUAAGAAAACUCUGUACCUUCAUAACACACAGAAGAAAGAUGAGGGCAUGUAUACCUGUGUGUGUACCUGGGAGCACCAUGGUAGACAUUACAACACCAGCGGAUCCAUCCACCUGGAAAUCAAAGAUCCUGGGAUAAGCUCCAUUCCGAAGAUUUUACAUCCCAGCAACAACUCAGUGAAAUUCAUAGACCUGGGUUCUGAGGUGGUUCUGCAGUGCUCCGUGUUCUUUGGCAUUAAUAUAAAGCAAUAUUGCUUUGUUGACUGGCUCAGGAACAACGCUGAGCUGAUCGAAGAGACGGGAUACACCAUUCACAACUGGAACGAACGUGAUACAUUUUACUCUUCUCUGACAAUCAGUAAGGUUUCGGAGGCGGACCUGCAGUCUGAGUUCCAAUGCAAAGCCUAUAACCUGAAUAAGUGGGUGAAUGUGAUCAUCACUCUCAAAACCACGGGUACUUGUCCAAUUUUGCUCUCUCUACUAGAAUCAGAUCUCCUGCUGGUUGUGACGUAUCUUUGCACGUUUCUGAUUGUGCUCCUGGUUGCUGGUACAAUAAAAUGGUUUGCUGUGGAUCUGGCCUUGCUUUUCAGAGGCUUGUGUUUCAAACUGAAGAAAACAGAAGAUGGAAAGGUAUACGAUGCAUAUGUGAUCUACCAGAAGGACAAUGUGGAUGAGAAAACAGCUAAUUUUAUCAACAGAGUUCUCCCAGCUGUCCUGGAGAACAGCUGUGGCUUUAAACUCUACAUUCACUGCAGAGACGACCUGCCUGGGGAAGACUGUAUGGAGCAGGUAGAAAGGGUAAUGAAGCUCUGCCGGAGACUCAUAGUUGUGCUAACUCCAGGGAUCAGCCAAGGACAGCAGCUUCCAACUCCACACGGUUAUGACUGGCAGGUGGGAUUGUAUCAGGUUCUGGUUCAGCAAGAAAUGAGCAUGAUUCUGAUCCAGCUCGGGAAAAUGAAGGACUACUCCCACCUGCCACUAGCGCUGCAGCAUCACCUGCAGAAGACCCCGCCAUUAAAGUGGAGCGAGAGAAGUCCGCAUGCCACUUCUGCUAGCUCCCGAUUCUGGAAGCAGGUCCGUUACAUGAUGCCGGCAGUUCCAGCUCUGCUGUGUCCAAAUUUUUGUUCCGCUAAGAUUCGUUCAUAUGAACUUUCUGAGACAUGCUGCUAAUCCAUUAGCAUAACCACAAUCCUUUUGGUUUUCCUCAAUAUCCCCAUUGUGUUUUUGUUAGAAAAAAGAUGUGUUUACAAUACAGUGUUUAUGUAUUAUUAUUUUUUUUUGUCUUUUAAAUUUUACCCCAUUUACCCCUGAACAAUGAAUCCACAGGAUAAGCCCACGUCACCUCCCAUACAUGUAAGUAAGACUCCACCUCUUUGUUAACCGGCACCAUCAAUGCUCAGAGGAAACCGCCAGAUCCUCAGCUCUGAUACAUGAGGGGAGAGCGCUACCUGCUGUACCCACCCAGAGAGAAACAGCAUGACAUACUGUACUCUCCACCCUCCGGCUGCUUGUAGAAACAAUAUACAGGAAUCAGAAGAGUUUUGUGCAAAAAAAGAUUUUGUUAAUGAUUAUUUUUCACAAGCGCAUAAAACAUGGAACCGUGGUGAACCUUUCCAGAAGUGAUUAGCUGACCCAAAUUAUUCCAAAAGGGCAUGGACAACUCAUCCAGCAGGUCUAAAAAAAAACCCAGAAAACAUGUAAAGAACUGCAGGUCUCACUUGCCUGACAAGAUAGAAGGGGAACAUUUUGGAAGGUGUGUGUCCUGUUAUAUAGCAUAAAACUAUUUCAGAAAAAAAAAAAUCUGAAAAAGAACAUCAUCCUUAAAGUCAUGGUGGUGAUAUUGGGAUGGUGUGGGCUGCUUGCUGUAAUUAAUGAAACCAUGAAUUUAGCUCUCUACCAGAAAAUCCUGAAGGAGAAAGUCCAGCCAUUAAUUUGUGACCUUCAGCUCAGACGUACUGCAGUAGGACAAUGAUCCGAAGCACACCAAAAUAAAAGGAAGGUUUUGGAAAGACCUAGUCAGAGUUUGAAUAUGAUGCUGUUGCAUGUUUCUUAUCGCUGUCUUAUUUUAAUAGUCAUGUAAACAGCAUACUCUGAUUUCUUAGAUCAUAGUAAGGCGUAAAAUGUGCUCAUAUUUCUUAGCUGAGAAAGUUAGAUUUGUUGAAGCUGACUCAGAUAAUUUGGAUAAGCAGCUGAAGCUGUAGUGGAUCAAAAUUGAAAUGGUCAAAACUGAGCAGCUGAAGAGUAGAGAAACAAAGCCUGGUCUGAUGAUAUAGUUAUCUUAUUUUAUAUUAUAUAAAUGCUGUCUUUUAAUUAUCAAUCUAUAUUCUAUGCACUGGCCCGUCCACACUGUAACUGAAGGCCCCCCUUUAUGUACAGUAAAUUUAAAUGAAGGUUACUUGAUUGAUAUAAACUAAUCCUCUGUUAGAAAUGUCUAGUGUUUCUAAUGAAGUGCUUAGUGAGUGUGUGGUACAAAAGGAAUAUGAAUAUUACAUAUCUUUAUCUGCUCUGUAGAAAGCUGCCUGCAUUAAAGCAUCCUGAUCUCC